GUAUUGCAAUUGUUAUUAAUUUAUAAGUAGAUAUAAAAGAGUGAGGUGUAACAUAUACACACAUUUAAUAUGCAACUGAUAUACAAAACAAAGUAAGUCUUUGAUAUGUGCAAUUGUUCAUAUCAUAACCAUUUUAUUCAUACGACUUUGAAAAAUUUGGCUAUGUCAAACUAAGUUUUCUAGCUUCAAGUGUUUUAAUAAAUUGAACUUAUAAUAUGUACGUAGGUUAUGAAUUCUACAAAUUACGUCUCCAACUAUUUAUUGUCCAUUAUUAUUUAUUGUAAUUCAUCUUUGACUUUGUAAAUAACAAAUUAAUUAAAAUAAUAAAAAUAGAAAAUCGCUAAUAAAUAAAAUAAAAUAUUUCAAAUAUUUUUUAGUAAUAGGUAUUAUAUUUAAUCAUGUAGAUGGGAUAUUAAUUAGUAUUUCCUACCUCAUAAUGUUCAAAAUUUUCAGGGGAGCAUUAAGUGGAAAAAUAUUAUUAAGUUGAAUAAAUAAAUAAUUGUAUUGAACUGAUACUAAAGACAAGAAUUUAUUAUAAUGAGAUAUGUCUUUCUUUCAUGAGACUCAUGGUGAACAGUUUAAAUAACAAGGUGUAAGAAGAAGAAUAGUGUUGAUAAAUUGUAAAUAUACAUAAAUAUUACUCAAAAUGAUUAUUUAUGGAGUGUAUAUAGUAAGUAAAUCUGGUGGCCUAAUCUAUAAUUUGGAUAGCAAUGUGCCGAAAAUAGAACAAGAACGCUCGUUUACGUAUCCAAUUGAUUUAAUGCUGGACUAUGAUCCGAAAAAAGUAUCAGUGGUAUUUAAUAGGAAGGAUGGAAUCAAUGUUGGACAUGUUCUAACAGCUGUAAACGGUAUGCCAGUGAACGGCAACACACUUGAAGAUGGACGUGAUGUGAAAACUACGCUGGAAAACUCCGAGAAUUAUCCAGUGAAUUUAAAGUUUUGUAGGCCUAAAUUGACAACCAAUGAAAAGAUUGUACAGGCUAGUACCUUUUACCCACUAUACGCAUUUGCAAGUCAGCUUAGUCCAGAGCCUAAAAGUUCCGGCAUCGAAACAUUAGAGGCCGACACAUUUACAUUGCAUUGCUUUCAAACAUUAACUGGAGUUAAAUUCAUUAUCAUUUCGGAAACUGGCCUUAGUGGUAUGGAUAUGUUACUCCGCAAAAUAUAUGAACUUUAUUCAGACUAUGUUUUAAAAAAUCCAUUUUAUGCUCUGGAAAUGCCCAUACGUUGUGAAUUGUUUGAGAACAAGCUUAAAUCAUUACUGGAUAUGGUUGAAAAAACUGGCAUAAAUAAUCUAGAUAAAUAGGAUUUUCUCUAAAUCACAAUCUUACGCCGAUAUGGAAAAAAAAUACAAUUUUUUGUGCGGGGUGCGUGAUUUAUUUUAUUAUUGUAAAGCUUAUCAAAUUAAAAAAUGCUAGUAUGAUUUUUUGUUUCUUAUUAAUAUAUUGCACAGUCAAUAAAACAAUAAUCUUAGAAAAUAAAACUGUAAAAAUAAAUUAACACACGUACACAUAUAUGUAUGUGUAUCAAUUAUGAGUAUUAACUUCUUUUUAGCCGUAUUGCCAAAACAACAUGCUUCACUAAUGAGUUGUAACCCAUUUAAAUAUAACGAUAGGUAUCUUCAGGUGCUAUAAGUGUUUAAUUACAGGCUUUUCGAACUUAAUAACAAUCAUAAUAAUAAUCAUGAUAAGAUAUUCGAUUAAAA